AUGCAUACUUCACGCGCUGUGGCUCUGGUGAAAAAUAUCCUCAUCCUAAGCCAGCUUUUUCCAUUGGUGAAGACCAUAAAUACAAAAUUUUUACCAUGUGACACCAAUCUGAAUGAAACUAAAGUUGACUGCAGUGACAGACCACUCAAGCACGUCCCCUUCAUUAAGGCUACAUCUGUAGCUUACAUAGAUUUAAGCCGAACUAAGAUAAACCGAGUAUGGGCGCAUGCUUUCACAGGUGUCCCAAAUCUGCAUACUCUAAAGUUAUCAGGCAACUGUCAGCCGGGCAGUCCGAGAGCUCUGGAAGACAGGUCUUGCAGAGUGAAAAUCUCCAGGUAUGCUUUCAAGCCCCUACUGACACUGAAACAUCUGGAUUUGUCAGGAAACAGUCUUGCCUACAUACCAUGGUUACCAGAAAGCCUGGAAGUUCUUCAUCUAGAGAACAAUCAGAUCUUCAACAUUAUCUACCCUCUGAACACUCCACAUCUCGAAAAGCUCUUUCUCAGCAAGAACUGCUUUUAUGCAAACCCGUGCAACCAGUCCUUUUACAUCAGUGAAAAGGUUUUCCAAGAGCUCCCCAAACUCAAAAACCUCACAUUAGGGUAUAAUAAUUUGACAGCUAUCCCUAAAGGACUGCCACUCUCACUGGAGAGUCUGGAUUUAAGAGAGAAUACAAUCACAGAAGUCUUAGAAAAAGCAUUUUUCAAAAUGACUGCCCUGGAGGACUUAAAUUUGGAGUGGAAUUGCCAACGUUGUGAUCAUGCUGCAAGGCCCUGCUUUCCAUGCCCACAUAAUCAGUCUCUAAAGUUACAUUCAAACUCCUUUUAUUCUGAAAACAGCUCCAUUACCAUCCUAAGUUUGAGGGGAAACUCUCUGAAAACAUUUCCAAAGGACAUUUUCAGACCAUUGAAGAAACUGAAAAUAUUGGACCUCUCUGACAACCUCCUGGCACAUGCUAUGCAAAAUGGGACCUUCUUUAAAGAGCUAACAGGGGUCAAGUGGCUUAGCCUGAUCUAUAACUAUGAACCACUGAAGACUUUUCCAGAACUUAAUCUCUCCCCAUAUUUUAACAACAUGUCUGAUCUGCAAUAUCUUCUUCUGAGUGGUAACUUUUUCCUAAAAUUUUCUAAUGAAAGCAUUGAAGUCCUCUCCAAGUUAAAAAGUCUAAAAGUUAUAGAGCUGAGAAUGAAUUUCAUUAACACUUUUAAUAUGACAUUUCUAAAACAGUUACCCUCUCUAACUUCUGUUGACCUCUCCCAGAACAUGCUUAAUUUCCUUGAGUGCAGCUCAAUUUCACGACCUGGGAUUGUGGAUGUAAACCUGUAUGCAGGCUCUCUUCAUAAUCAACCUCUCACUCUAAUGGAUAGAGAAGUCACAUCUAGAAACAGUGUAUGGGAAACAGACCAAUUAAAUGCUCUGGAAAUGUUAGAAGACAGUGUGACAGAUAUCCCAACACUAUUGGGCUUCCAGCACCGAGCAGAUGUUCUGGACAAAAGAUUUCCAGUAAUUACAUCACUGUGGGACUUGAGAAAUUUUCAUUGCAAAAAUAAGCUGACAUUUGACUUGUCUCAGAAUGAUAUUGUGUACCUUAACAAACAUGUGGUUUCAGGCAUGGAGAAUGCCGUUUGUUUAGACCUUUCCUUCAAUUACAUGAACCAGGCACUGAGGGGUGGGGUGUUUGAAGGUAUGACACAUUUAGAGUUUCUUAAUUUGUCUUACAAUAGGCUUGAUCUUUAUUAUAAUGAUGCUUUCAGGGAACUUAAUUCAUCUCUGAAGAUAUUAGAUAUUAGUAACAAUGACUUUCAUUUCAAUAUGAGGGGCAUGGGCCAUCGCUUUGAGUUCCUUGAAAAUUUGAAUCAAUUGGAAGCCCUAAGUCUGGCAAACAAUGCUAUUGGGAUGCGAAUCAACCAAAGGCUGAUCUGCAAUUCUUUGAAGUACUUUGACUUCUCUGGAAAUCACCUGAACAUCAUGUGGGACUCUGACAACAACAAGUACACUAAUUUCUUUCAGAACCUGACAAAUCUAACCUACCUGGACAUCUCUAACAACCAUUUAAAAUCGCUCUCAUCUGAAGUGCUGAGUAACCUCCCAAGUAGCCUUAGGGCUCUCAUCGUCAGCAGCAAUUCUCUAAACUAUUUCCCAUGGCUAAACAUCUCUGCACUUACCAGUUUACAUUACCUGAACCUGAAUCACAACUUCCUUUAUAAACUGCCAAAUUAUGCAGUAAUAUUUGGAGUCAAUUUUACCUUCCUGGACCUCAGUCACAAUCGGCUCAGUUAUAUUCCUGAAGAUUUCUUUAAUAAUGCAAAGUCCCUAAAACAUUUGUAUCUCAGUCACAAUCAGAUCAAAGAGUUGAACCGGGAGCAUCUUCCUGUCCUCUUUAAAAAUGGCACUCGCCUUGAAAAUCUCACCCUGCAUGCCAACCCCUUCAAAUGUGACUGCAAUACCUCCUGGCUUGCUGACUUCUUGAGUACUACACCGGUACACAUUCCUUAUCUGACCACAGAUGUACGGUGUGAAUUCCCAGAGUCUCAGCAGGGUGAGAGCAUACUGUCCAUGGACCAGCGUUCUUGCCAGGACAUAUAUGGUAGUGUAGCCUUUGUUGCCUGUUCAUUUAUGACUCUGGUGUUUACUGUUCUUCCUUUACUGAAGCACCUCUACGGCUGGGAUAUGUGGUAUUGCCUGCAAGUGCUCUGGGCUGGACACAAAGGCUACUCCCAGAUAGCUGGGACUGAUUCGCAUUAUCAAUAUGAUGCCUUUGUGGUGUUUGACACCAGUAACCAGGCUGUGAGGGACUGGGUUUACAACGAGUUAACUGUCAAUCUGGAGAACUCUGGUCACAGGAGAUUUUGUCUAUGCUUAGAAGAAAGGGACUGGAUUCCUGGGCUGUCAUGUAUAGAGAAUCUUCAUAAUGCAGUAUACAGGAGUGUGAAAACAGUUUUUGUGCUGUCCAGAGGUGUUAACGGAAAUGUGAAUGGUGUGAUCCGCCAGGCCUUCUUCAUGGUUCAACAGAGGCUUCUGGAUGAGAAGGUGGACGUAGCUGUGCUGGUUCUGAUGGAUAAGAUGUUUCCCAAACUGAAGUACCUUCAGCUGAGAAAACGAUUGUGCAGAAAGUCUGUGUUGUCAUGGCCGCAUCACCCAUGUGCUCAACCCCUUUUCUGGAAUCAAAUGAGAAUGGCGUUGUCAUCAGAUAACCUCAAAUUUUAUGACAACAACAUGAGUGAAAGUUUUAUAUAACCUGCUUUUACAUGCUAGCAGAGACAAUCGUGAUUACAAAGAUCUUCAUAUCGCUAAAUAUUAACAAACUUGACCUUCCAUUAACAUGCUGUCACAUACAUUU